AUGUCAUUGAACUAUCGACGGCCGCGUGCGGUGUUACCGCGUGGUGAAGCCGCGGUGACCGUCGCCCGCCGCGCCCCGCGCCCGCCCCCCGCGCCGCGCCUGGAGGUGACCGUCGCCCGCCGCGCCCCGCGCCCGCCCCCCGCGCCGCGCCUGGAGGUGACCGUCGCCCGCCGCGCCCCGCGCCCGCCCCCCCGCGCCGCGCCUGGAGGUGACCGUCGCCCGCCGCGCCCCGCGCCCCCCCCCCGCGCCGCGCCUGGAGGUGACCGUCGCCCGCCGCGCCCCGCGCCCGCCCCCCGCGCCGCGCCUGGAGGUGACCGUCGCCCGCCGCGCCCCGCGCCCGCCCCCCGCGCCGCGCCUGGAGGUGACCGUCGCCCGCCGCGCCCCGCGCCCGCCCCCCGCGCCGCGCCUGGAGGUGACCGUCGCCCGCCGCGCCCCGCGCCCGCCCCCCGCGCCGCGCCUGGAGGUGACCGUCGCCCGCCGCGCCCCGCGCCCGCCCCCCGCGCCGCGCCUGGAGGUGACCGUCGCCCGCCGCGCCCCGCGCCCGCCCCCCGCGCCGCGCCUGGAGGUGACCGUCGCCCGCCGCGCCCCGCGCCCGCCCCCGCGCCGCGCCUGGAGGUGACCGUCGCCCGCCGCGCCCCGCGCCCGCCCCCCGCGCCGCGCCUGGAGGUGACCGUCGCCCGCCGCGCCCCGCGCCCGCCCCCCGCGCCGCGCCUGGAGGUGACCGUCGCCCGCCGCGCCCCGCGCCCGCCCCCCGUGCCGCGCCUGGAGGUGACCUCAGCCCACUCGCUCGUCCACGUCCACCGACGACUCCUCAACAUCGACCCACAGCUCCUCCGCAGCGAUCGUCGACUCCUCCAUAGCGAUUGUCGACUCCUGGACAUCGAUCGUCGGCUCCUCCGCAUCUAUCGACGGGUCAUUUGCGCUUAUCGACGCCUCGUCGUCACUCGCCGUGGAAACGAUACAUGUAUUUAUCAUUUCUGUUUUCGUAGUUGA